AUGAAUGACGAAGGACUUCUAAAGAUGUUAAAUCUUCUUGCACGGGUUGAUCAGGGAGUUACUGAAGAACUCGCUCUGAAAGUUCUAUACUCUCGCAACCGAGCGAGAGCUGCCGAAGUUAUGCUGAUCUGUUCAAGCGAAACAGAAAAAUCCGUAACUGUUAAUAUCUCCUCUUUCUUCAAUGUCCUUGCUGUUCAGAAGCAUAAGUUGAAGAAAGAGACGAUAAGAGCUGCUUUCAAGAACAGACCUCGAAGUCUUUGCCCCCGAGAUCGAAAGUCGGAGGCUGAGGAAGGAGUCCUCUGGGAAUGA